CUUUCUACUGCUUGGUUUCUGGAUGUGUUUAACCGAUGGUUUGAUUUCAUGACAAGCAGGUACCCUGCAGUUGCACUAAGCAGAUUGAAUUGUGAUAAAUAUGAAGAAGCUCUAAUAUUUCUUACGUCUAUUAUCAACUUAGUACAGAGCAUGAAAAUUGGAGAUAAAAAUGACUGGAAACCCGUGCAAGCAGGGAUUAUAAUGUCUACAAACAGUGUUCUUGGUAUCCAAGAGGAGUUGCUUUCAAUGGGAUGCAAGUUCCUUUUGACAAGUCGUCUUACUCAAGAUUGCCUUGAAAAUCUUUUUAGUUUAGUCAGGCUAAAAAAUCCUAUUCCUUCACCACUGGCAUUUAAAUACGCAUUAAAAGUCAUUUGCAUUGCACAGUUCCUGAAACAACCUCAUGCAUAUCAAGGAAACUACCAAGAAGAUGAUAGAGACAUAGCAAUUGACUUUCUUGACCAGCCAUUGAAGCUACCAAGUACUGAACUGGAUCUGAAAGAUUUUGAAGUGGAAAUAUCAGAAGCAAAUUGCAUAGAUGACAUUCAGAAGGCUGAGUUGAACAGCUUAUAUUACCUUGUAGGAUACUGUCUACACAGCAUAAAGAAAAAUGAAGAAAUCUGCACAGGUUGUUUUGUGGAAGUGACCAGCUGUGAUCUAAGUGAUCAAGACUCAGCAAUGUUCACUAUUCUAAAAGAGUAUAAGCAAGGAUGCCUUACUCAGGUAUCAGAGAAAGCAUUCUCUAUGAUGCUCAAAGUAGAAGUCAUGCUAAGGAACUUCGAUGAAUCAGUGUUGAUGACAUCAAAAAAUGUGAAAAGAAUAUUGUUGGACAAGGCUGAAGAAAUAACAGUACAUGAUUUGUUCCUCAAUUGUCAUAAUAUCAAGCAGAAGCUACUAUCAAAGUACUUGACUGUUCGCUUACACAUUCUAUGCAAGCAGAUGAAACGUAAAAGAAAACAGGAGUUAGAGAAAGAAAAGAAUCAGAGUCAAGGUGAACUAGGAAGCAAGAGCAUGACAAUGAGAAAAUUAGUUAAAAAAUUGAAAUGAAAAUGAAUGCCCUUGUAUGGAAACACAACUCUAGCCAGUCAACAAAUGUGUGCAUGAGUAUACAUGUGUGCUUGUG